AUGCCUCUUCAGCCACACAAACAAGCGGACGGGCCUAAUGAAGCCUUUCGUUCUCUUUGCCGUCGUCCUCUUCUUUUCCCACUCUGUCUAAAUUCUUUCCUUCUUGCAAUGUUUUCCCUAUCCCUUCCCAAAUUCUCCUCCACUCUCCCUCUCGCAUACACUUAUUCAUCCUUUCUAUCUGUCCUCCCUUCUGCCUGCUUUCUUUUUCCUUUUCUCUCUCUUUCCCUCACGCAACCGCAAGCGGAAACACAAACAAGUGCUCGCACACACAAACAACCCCAUAUUUUAACCGAACGCACGUCUGAAAGACUGUGCCAGGAAGCGGUUGACCAGACUUUGUCCAGUGUGGAACCACAACCCCAAGGCGGAAAAUAUGCUUCAACUCUUUAUGGCUAUGACGGCGUGGCUCUGUCUGGAGGGGUAUUUGAAGCGAGGGUGUGCACAAUUGGGGGACUGCACAUAAAGGGAGAGGGUCAAGAGAGCAACUGUACCCAUUGA